AUGUCUUUAGUCCAUUUUGUGCAUGUGUCAAAUUUCGCGAUGGAAUCACUUGUGGAUGGAGUUAGUUCCUCUCUCAAGGAUCAUAUUUCAGCUCCUGCUGUAGGUUGUAAUCCUCCUCCUGGUUUAGGGGCUAAUCGACCUCCUCAUCCUCCGUCUUUAAAACAACCUAGAUAUGAGGGGGCCUCAUCUGCAUCCAAUGCAGGUGCUACAGAUAAUGGGAUGAAAACAUCCUCCUCUCCAACAGGUUCUGUGAUUAGUUCAAAGCAUUCACAAAAAACAUCUCACGAUCAUACAUGGAAGGAAGGAGUGUCUAACUCAUCGAAACACCAUCUCAAAUCAAACAAUCAGAAACAGGAAUUGAUGAGCCCCGAUGAUGUUCUUGAUCAAAUGGCACAAUAUUCUUCCCACAAGCAGGUUUCUACAUUGGAAAUCAAAUCAUAUCUUAAGCAUCCAGUUUAUGAUUCUGAGAAUAGUAGUUCAAGCAGUUUGUUGGAAUCUGUGGAUCUUGUUACACACCCAGCUAAAGGAACUGCUGAGGUUUUGAACAGCCGAUUUUCCUCUCAAUCAGGAAUCAGUUUUUGUCCAAGUCCUCAAAAUAGUUUCUACUCUGCUACACAGUACACAGAAGCUAAACAAAGUUUCACCAACACUGAAGUCAGCGAGGGUGCAAGCAGUGUCGAGAAGUCUGCUGAAAGUGUUGAAGUUGGCAACUCCUGUGAUAUAAUAGAGAGCAGGAAGACGAGUACAUAUAGAGGUAGCACUGGCAGUGAUAUUAGUGAUGAGAGCAGCUCCUGUAGUUUAAGCAGUGCUAUGUACAAACCUCACAAGGCAAAUGAUACAAGAUGGGAAGCAAUUCAGGCUAUCAGAACUCGGGAUGGUCUGUUGGGGUUGAACCACUUUAAGCUUUUGACGAGAUUGGGAUGUGGAGAUAUAGGUUGUGUUUAUCUAUCAGAGUUGACUGGCACAAGAAGUUAUUUUGCUAUGAAAGUCAUGGAUAAAGCUGCUUUAGAGAGUAGGAAGAAACUUCUGAGGGCUCAGACCGAAAGAGAGAUUUUGCAAUCUCUGGAUCAUCCUUUUUUACCCACUUUGUAUACACACUUUGAGACUGAGAAGUUUUCAUGCUUGGUGAUGGAGUUUUGCCCCGGAGGAGAUCUCCAUGCACUCCGACAAAGACAACCUGGGAAGUAUUUUCCAGAGCAUGCUGCCAGGUUAGGAACCUUCUUUCAUUCUUUUCCAUUCUUUCCUCCGUGGUUUCUAAUAUAG